AAAGGAAGGAACGGAAAGGCGCACGUAAAGGAAACACAUGUAAACACACGACGCUCGCGCGGUAACUGGACCCACGAAUUAUCUCCCGGCAAACGAUUCGUGGACACGAAAGCGCUCAACGGUAAAACACGGAACGAGCAAAUUGUUCAUCCUUUUUCCCCUCUCUGUGAGCAUGCUCGUAUAAAUAAGACUGGUGGGACUACGCGCACAGUUCGGUCAACAGCGGAGGAGUUUCCAUCGUUUUUUCGAAGAAAAACUAAGUUGAGGAAAUUGCAAUGACUCCGCUAAUGCCCGCGUUCACAAGCAACCAGGCGUUAUUGUCCAAGUAUCUGAGUCUGCCCCAGCCGAGCAACCAAAUUCAGUGCACAUACAUUUGGAUCGACGCUACUGGACAGAAUCUUCGCUGCAAAACAAGAACCGUCGAAUUUGAGCCCAAAGACGCCAAAGAACUGCCCAUCUGGAACUUCGACGGUUCCAGCACGGGUCAGGCCGAGGGCAAGAACUCGGACGUGCACAUAUACCCAGUGGCGUUGUUCCGAGACCCAUUCCUGGGCGGACCCAACAAGCUGGUGCUGUGCGAGACGUACAAGUUCGACCACACGCCACACGAGUCGAACAAGCGUCACUUAUGCAAGUUAGCGAUGGAUCGGUGCAAGGAUCAGAAGCCGUGGUUCGGCAUCGAGCAGGAGUACACUCUGCUGGACGUCGACGGGCGUCCUUACCGGUGGCCCAAGCAAGGGUUUCCGGGACCUCAAGGGCCUUACUACUGCAGCGUCGGUGCGGACAGGGCCUACGGUCGGGAUGUGAUGGACGCGCACUACAGGGCCUGCCUCUACGCCGGUAUCAAGAUAGCGGGCACUAACGCCGAAGUGAUGCCAUCGCAGUGGGAGUUCCAGGUCGGACCGUGUGAAGGGAUAAGCAUCGGCGACCAGCUGUGGGUGGCCCGUUUCAUCUUGCAGCGAGUGGCGGAGGACUUCGGCCUCGUGGUGACACUCGACCCGAAGCCAGUCACGGGAGACUGGAACGGUGCCGGCGCGCACACCAACUUCAGUACGCUCGCCAUGCGCCAGCCCGAUGGCAUACGGUACAUCGAGAAGGCCAUCGAGCAACUGGCGCGCAAGCACCGCGAGCACAUCCAAGCCUACGACCCGCACGGAGGCCGCGACAACGAGCGCCGCCUGACGGGACUGCACGAGACCUCCAGCAUCCACGACUUCACCUCAGGCGUGGCCGACCGCGGAGCGAGCAUCCGCAUCCCUCGACAGGUCUCGGAAGACCGCAAAGGUUACCUCGAGGACCGCAGACCAGCGUCCAAUUGCGACCCUUACAGCGUGGCGCGAGCCCUCGUCUCCACUGUGUGCCUCAACCAGGGACCAUGACUCAGCGGAGUGCCACCGUUGGCUUGAAGGAUGCCCGUGGGUGGACAUAUUUAACGGAGUUUCUUCACCAGCGACAGCAAAAUUCUUCCUGAGCGUUAAAAUUUUAUUUACGAGAUGCGUGAUCGCGAUGUAUCGUCAAAUUAUAGUAGUGCAGCAACGAAGAAUGAUGUUACGUUAAAUUUACAUGUUCCAAAACGUCGAACGAGGUUGUCGUGGGUAUUAUGUGGCACUACGUUGCGGGAACUUAGCAAUGACCCCUUUUGUAUACCACAUUUUAUCUGUUCGCCUCAUCAUAGAUUUUUAAAAAUAUUAUGGCGAUACUAAUUAUGAUGACAUCACGUGCAGCAGGAUUUGUAACAUCGAUUUCGUAGUGAUGUAUUCCAAGUAUAUUGACUAUCUCUAUAUGGAAAGGUUAAGAAGCGACCAUAAUUUAUUUUCUCGCUGCAUAAUAAAAACAGCUUUAACGAUAAGUAGCUUUUCAUAUACCUAGCCGUUAUUCAUUCAACAGAUCUGCGCUAAUGCAUUCAUUAUUCAUACAUUCAUACUUCCCGAGAACUAAAUCCGUACGUUAUACAAAAUGCUUAUAAAGUGAUUGCUGAUGUUAAGCGGAAUACUACACCGCCGCGAUGUACCUAAAUGCCAUUAUAUCGAACAUCAUUGUUCAUUACAACAUUCUUCGUACGAUAAAUGAAAUUCACCGAGACCCGAAUACCUUCUUGUUCUAUGUUGUCUAUUAUCAAUGAAGGCAUAGUGACCCUAGUGACUGUAUCAGAACUCCGUAAGCCACGGUUCUUUUUUUUUUCCACUGCGGUAGCGUAAGGUGAAAUAGGCGGCAGUACAUACGGCGUUUAGGCACUAGGCGCGCAGUGUUUGGCUAUUAAUUGAUUAUUGUAGCGUAUAACCCGCUACAUCAAUUGGUCGUUGUGACUAAGUAUGUACAAACAGCUUUCAUUACUAGUGGAUGCUGAGCUUGUAAGUCCGCAUUUCCAGUGGUGAUUUUAUGUUAAAACGUGAAUAAUAAAGUGUUACCGGAUAGAAAAUCU